AUACUAUCUCACAUGUCUAUGUAUAAACCAUUAUUUCACAAAUUAUAAUUAAUCAAAUGGACAUAUUUUUCCAAAAAAUAAAAAUAAAAAUUAUUAGGCCCCCCUGACCUCUCUUUAUCAUAAUAAUCAUCAUCAAAAUUCCAAACUUGAGCAACCGACACGGUUGGACCCAUUACACAUGGGCUGCCCAUUUAAUCCGUCGCCUAAACCCCACCCUCCAUCAUCCGACGAUUCCCAUUUCCCUGAGAUCAAUUGACCAGAUUGAACGCAUCUUGACCGUCGAUCCCGGGCCACAGCCUUCAAGUCCCGGCGGUUGAGCCUGUCCCUCCGGUGUUCCCCGGGUCUACAACAGAAGACCCGGCCCUGCUCCUCAUGUGACAAACACACAGAGCUGUUAAACUUUAAUACUAAUACUAAUCCGUGGGUCCCGACCAAGUGGGUCCAAAUGCAAUGUAACCUUCCUCCCUUUCCGAAAAGCGCAUGAACCCACGUAGCGCGUUUCAUUGACACAUAAAACCUCAUUUAAUGAAGAAGUCGUGUUAGGGAAGCGUGUGAGUGAUAAUGUCCUGAAAUUCACGCACAAACAGAAUAAUUUUGCCCAGAUUUUGUCCCUCCAAAAAAAAAAUAAAUAAAUAAAAAAUCAAUAAUAAUAAUAAAACCCCCUUAAUUCCUAAAGUCAUCCUGUAUAAAAGUCCAUCUUCACCCCCUUCAUUUCUCCGUCACAACUUGCAACAACAAACAAGUUUUCUCAAGCAUUCGUUCUUUGUUACUUAGCCGGAAUUCAUCGCAACGUCAUCGGAGUUUUCUUAAGUUUUCCGAUUCAGUGAAGUAUAUUAUUCUCAGAUUUGUGAAGAAAAAUGGAUAUUAUUGGGAAGAAGUCAGCAGCUUACGAGAAUGAUGAUCUUAACCUGGAAGCUACUGAGUUGAGAUUAGGAUUGCCCGGAACCGAGGAGAAACAGAAACUUGAAUCAUCAUCUUCUGCUUCGUCUUCCAGCCUCGUAAAACAGAGCAACAACAAGAGAUCUUCCUCAGAGAUGGAUAAUUCCUCAUCUGACAAAAGCGAAGUUCAAGAUUCAGCCCCUGCUCCCAAGGCACAAGUAGUUGGUUGGCCACCAGUCAGAUCCUUCAGGAAAAAUGUUUUCCAGCAAAAGAAAGCAGAGGAUGGAUCUGGGAUGUACCUAAAAGUGAGCAUGGAUGGAGCUCCUUACCUAAGAAAGAUAGAUCUCAAAGUAUACAAAAGCUACCCUGAAUUGCUCAAUGCCUUAGAAACCAUGUUCAAGUGCACCAUUGGUAUGUAUUCAGAAAGGGAAGGAUACAAUGGAUCUGAUUAUGCACCAACAUAUGAAGACAAAGAUGGUGAUUGGAUGCUUGUUGGUGAUGUUCCAUGGGAAAUGUUCAUCAACUCUUGCAGAAGACUCAGAAUCAUGAAAGGAUCUGAAGCUAAAGGCUUAGGUUGUUCAUCUAAUUAAAUUUAGAUGAUCAUCAUUUUAUAAAUAUGCAGUUUUCUGCAUCCAUUUCCUGCAAUCUGGAGAAAGGGACUUCUUCAAAGCCUCUUGUAUAACGAGCAUGGAUGAAGUUCGUCAUCAUCAUCAUCAAAUAUGAGAGUGAUUUUGAAGCUCCAAUUUUAUCUGUACAAAUUAAUGGAGGGAUCCCUUCUUCAUUUUGCUUUUCAUUUUUUUAUUUUUGACUUUUUUUUUUUCUUUGAAAGAGAUUUGUAAUUUCGGAUGGAAGAAUAUACAUUGCGAAAUGUAUAUAGAAGAACUACUGGUAGAUUGUUAAGACACACAGGCAGGCAGACUUUCUUAGGCAAGAAAAGUCUGAAAACUUAGGAAGAAUUUUUCAUUUUCCUUAGUACACCAAAUAUACACACUAUAUAUUAAUUUCCUGGAUAUUGAAUUCGUUUAUUUUGUGUAUUUUUUCCUCAUUCGGUUUUUUUUUUUUUUUUGGUUCUUUUAUAUUGCCUUAAUUCCACUUUUACGAAUUUUAUUCAUGCACCCU